AAUCUGUGAUAUUGCUGACUGUGCAGACACGAUUCGCACUGUAUAUAGUGUUGACCGCAUUCACUUAAAAAAUCGUUUCCUCUCAUGAUAGGCAUAAACAACAAAGAUAGGAUAGUAUCAUAAGCUCAAAAAAAUAAAAACAAAUUUCAAAGCGCUGAUGGUUGCUUCGCGUAAAAACUCUCUCUUGUAUCGCAACAGUGAAUUGACCUUAAGAGAUUAUAUGUCGGCUAAUGAACGCAGUGUAGUGAUGCCAGAUUCGCCAGUCCCCGUGCCUGCCGACGCUCCAAUCGUAUCGUCACCAGCGCGAUUACAUAUCACCACCUCGACGUCGCAGUUGAUUGAUGGACGACCACCGAUUUCCGUUGCAACUGGGUUACCGAACGGAUAUCAUGCGACAAGUCCGAAUCAACCGCUUUCACCCGGUUUAUUAAAUGGUAUGCAGUUGCCACCCACUUGUGGUGCAAGACAGCUUAGCAAACUCAAACGCUUUCUCACCACCCUUCAACAGUUUGGUUCAGACAUUUCACCAGAGAUUGGCGAACGCGUCCGUGGUUUGAUCGUAAAUUUAGUGAACAACGCAAUCACUGUGGAAGAAUUUCACCAACAGUUACAGGAUGCGACAAAUUUCCCAUUGCGGCCUUUUGUUAUACCGUUCCUAAAGGCCAAUCUACCGUUGCUUCAACAAGAAUUGAUUCAGUGUUCACACUUAUCAAAGAGGUCUCCUCAUCAGUACCUCACCCCCUCAGAAUCGCUGUCCGCCCACGAACGUGAACGCAUAAAAAGCGAAGGCGAAGAAUUUGGUUUCGAUCGGGUUGGAGAAAAAAGAAAGUCAGACGCUGAAAGACCUAAAGAAAAUGGACACCACAACGAAGCACAUGGUCUACCAGCAAUAUCUCCCAACAAAAGAAAAUGUCGCACGCCUGGUUAUGAUCAAGAUAGUGGAACUAUUGUUGAGCAGUUGAUGGAUAGCAUGAAACAAGAUACUGAUGAAUGGAGAAACUUAGAAACGAUUUUACAAUGUAUUGUAACGUUCGUUGAAAAAGCGAAGCGUUCUAUGUCUGUCUUGCAAGAUCGCUGUGUUCGAGAUCGUGAAGAAAUGGCGUCCUGGGCUAGAGCAAUGGCGGCUGAUGCUGAGUCCGAAAUCAAGAGAAGAGCAGUCGAGCUGACCGACGAUCGCAUAAACGAAGUAAAGAGAAGAGCCGAAGAUGCCGUCACCGAUGUGAAACGUAAGGCGGUAGUUGAGCUACAAAAAGCUGUAAGCGCUGCGGAGGAGAAAGCUAAUGAUGCAUUAAGCCAAGCUCAUCAACGAAUGGACAAAGCUGUGUUAGAAGCAAGACGACAAGCAACUGAAGAAACUUCCAUCAUUAUAAACCAACAGGAGAAUUCCAAAGAGAACUGUUGGAACUGCGGUAGAAAGGCGAAUGAAACAUGCAGUGGUUGUAACGUAGCUAGAUACUGUGGUGCAUUCUGUCAGCACAAGGACUGGGAACACCACCAUAAAGAAUGCGGUAAGCAUGCAAAGCAGAGCCAAGAAUCAAACAGUAAGUCACCUCGGAUUGAAACAGAUAGCUCAACACCUGAUCGCAAGUCCAGUCCUCGACCAGUCACUACGGCAACAACCACCACUUCCAAAGAAGCAAGCACGAGCAGUACUGAGGCGGUGAUGUCGACUCCUCCUGUUCCAACAACUUCAACUUGAACAGUCGAUCUUCAGAUUAUAGUAAUUGAUACUAUCUUGAUUCUUAACUCGGGGGACGUAAGCAACAAACAUGAGGCGGGACGUAAGAGGCAGUUGUGACGGGACAAAAAACGGGCUAAUUUAGUCUCGCCUUUGUGUGGCAAAUAGCACGCCGAAAAGAUACGUAAAUAAAUGGAUGCAUUUAUCGUCUGUAAGAAAAUGCCACAGUUUACCUUCAGCGGGAUAAUAGGAUAGAAGUUCCCUAUAUAAACCCAAAAUGAACAUUUAGAAGAAACAUUGGAAAAAGUUUGCUCCCGUUUUUCGUCCCAUCCCUGCUAACGCCCUUUUCUCGUCCCAUACCUUUAUGCAAAGAACAUUCUAUGAAUGCAACUGCUGUUCAUCAGGAGAGGACGACAUCGAUUGUGAUGUUUAUUAUUACAUUUUGUGCUCUCUACUGAGAGUCUUGUGAAGAGAUCUUACUGGUUUUGAAUAUCAUAUAACUUCUAUUUCUUUCGUAUAAUUAGCUUUUGUAAAUAUAUUUCCGAUGUAGAAGGUAGGGUGUGUAAAUACGUAUAGCUAUCUCUUUUAAUAAGAUACGUGUAACUGUGA